AUGACUGCUACAGACAUUGAACCUAAGGUGGAAGAUUUAAAGAUCGAGGAUAAAGAAGAUGUUGAAGAUGUUGAAGUAGAAGAAGGCGACGAAGAAAAAAAGAAGAAGAAAAAGAAGAAGAGUAAGAAAAAGAAGAAAAUUACUGCAAUUGAUAACUCCUAUCCAGAUGGGAAAUUCCCUGAAGGUCAAUGGUUAGAAUAUCCAUUAGAAGUAAAUUCUUAUAGAACCACUGAUGAAGAAAAGAGAUAUUUGGAUAGACAAGAUGAAAGUAAAUGGCAAGAUUUCAGAAAAGCCGCUGAAAUCCACCGUAGAGUUCGUCACAAAGCUCAAUCAUCAAUCAAACCAGGGAUGACAAUGACAGAAAUUGCUGAUUUGAUUGAAAACUCCGUUAGAUCAUAUGCCAACGGAUCUAAUUUAUUGGAUGCCGGGAUUGGAUUCCCAACAGGUUUAUCAUUAAACCAUGUUGCUGCUCAUUAUACUCCUAACGCCGGAGAUAAAUUGGUAUUAAACUAUGAAGAUGUCAUGAAAGUUGAUAUUGGUGUUCAUGUCAAUGGUAGAAUUGUUGAUUCAGCUUUUACUUUCACAUUUGAUGAUAAAUAUGACCAAUUAUUGAAUGCUGUUAAAGAUGCUACUAAUACAGGAGUUGCCGAAGCAGGUAUUGAUGUCAGAUUAAACGACAUUGGUGAAGCUAUCCAAGAAACUAUGGAAAGUUAUGAAUUAGAAUUGAAUGGUAAAAGUUAUCCUAUCAAAUGUAUUAGAAAUUUGAAUGGUCAUAAUAUCUUCCCUUACUCAAUUCAUGGAGAUAAAUCCGUACCAAUUGUUCCUAAUGGAGAUAUGACCAAAAUGGAAGAAGGUGAAACUUUUGCUAUUGAAACUUUCGGAUCUACUGGUAAAGGAUAUGUUGAUAGUGUUGGAGAAUGUUCCCAUUAUUCUUUAAAUGCUGAUAUGGAUGUUAGUGGAUUAACAGAUUCAGCACAAAAAUUGCGUAAUGUCAUCAAAGAUAAUUUCAACACCUUACCUUGGUGUAGAAGAUAUUUGGAUAGAUUGGGUCAAGAUAAAUACUUAUUAGCAUUAAACCAAUUAGUAAGAGCAGGUAUAGUUAAUGAUUAUCCACCAUUAGUCGAUAUCAAAGGUAGUUACACUGCACAAUUCGAACACACCAUAUUAUUACAUCCUCAUAAGAAAGAAGUUGUUAGUCGUGGUGAUGAUUAUUAG